UUAUCGAAAUGGUGAUUUCUUGUUCCGCUUUCAAUUGUACGAAGCGAUGGAGUAAGGAGAGUGACUUACAAUUUCACAGGUUUCCUCUAAAGCACCCAGAGCUACUAAAGACGUGGAUUACUUCCGUGAAGCGGAAAGAUUUUAAUCCUACGUCUUGCAGUUUUCUUUGCGGAAACCGUUUCCGACAAGAUGAUUACGUAGUGAGCCCUGGAACGUGGAAGAAACGUUUCAAACCCGAAGCAGUGCCAUCAGUUUCCGACACAUUUGAUGCACCAAAUAAACAGCCACGACGACAUGUUGUUAGGAUUUUGAGUGACAACGAUGAUUCUACAUUUGAGAUAUGGCGGACACUCAAUGAUAUGAUCUUUGGCCGGCACGCGCUAGAGCCAUCUAUCGGUAGGUCCGGUAGUUGAGCAUCCCUCAUUUCCCUAGUUUUAGACGCCUGU